UUGCAUCGACCUGCACUCUCCACACGCAUUGUGUAUACAAAACACGAGCACGCCGUCGUCGCUGUCGUCGGUGACCCUCCCCUCUUUGGCCAAGCAAGGGCGCGGCGUCCGCGGCAUCUCUUCGCAUCAUCAACCCCCAUCCAUCGGCGGGCGGCCCACCAACAAGCCAUCCGACCCACACUCCACCACCCACCAUCGGAUCCCACACCACCACCUUCCCUCCCUCCUCCCUCGUCUCGUUCCGCAUUUAAUCGUCGACUGCCCGCUGCAUCCAACCCAGGUCACUCGUUUCGACAGGCAUCGGUCCGUGUCUAGCUAGCAUCUACAUACUCUAGUCUUUCGUGUACGCCCCUCUCCUUCCUAGCAGCGCCCACAGCGUAGCCCUCCGCCCCUCUCAACCUCGCUCGCUCUCACUCGUCGACUCCUACGCUGCCAGCUUUGAACGAGGUCCCAGGUCCAACAACACACUGGCCACCGGCUGCUCCAGCAGCCCUCGCCCGUGCUCUUUAAUACCUUACUUUUCUCAAAAUCAACAUCGCCUCCGGACAAAGGGCAACAACAGCAAACACCCCUUCCGCCUCCCCCUUCUCCCUCCCUCCCCCCUCCUCGCCGUCUUCUUCCCAGCUGGCAUGGCCGCCCAGCAACCAGCUGGAAAUCCAGCUAACCCUGGUGCUCCUCAAGUCUCGAGUGCAGCACCAGGUCAAGCCCAAGGCCAACAGCCCUCGUCUCAAGGCCAGCAACAGCAACCUGCAGCGUCCACUUCCGCAGGCGCGGCGCCAGCCGGAGGAGCAGCACAGCAGUCGAGCAGCGCAGCACCACCAAAUGCUGCUAGUUCCCGUCCACCGGGGCAGCCGGCAGCGUCAUCCGCGGCUGCACCUAGCAGCGGUGCAUCUCAAAGCGCCUCAAGCGCGGCUCCUCAGUCCGCGGCCUCGCAAUCACAUGCCGCGGCAUCCUCAACUGGCUCUGCGGCAUCAACGUCGUCACCAUUGACCGUGACAUCCAACCCAACGGCGUUCGCGGGUAGCACCGGCUCCAACCACAAGAGCAGCUUUCCCAUGUGGGUCAUCGGUCCCAUCAUCGGCGGCGUCGUGGGAAUCAUUCUCCUGGUCAUUCUAUUCUUCAUCAUCCGUCGCUGGCACCGGUCUCGAGGAGAAAAGCUGCCCCCUCCGCCUCCGCGCGCAGUCACGCAAACCUUCUCGCCGCCCGUCUACGGGUCGCACCGCCGCACAAUGUCUUCUGGGCGGCAAGUCACCCGCGCAAGCUCGUACUCGACCCUUCUUGCUCAACCUUCCGUCUAUCCAUCACCAGGAUCGUCAUUGCAGGCAGAUUCGCCCAAGAGAGUCCCAGAAUCGAUCCCAUCGGCCUCGCCCUCCGUGUCUUCGAACGGGACUGGGGCGUUUACGCCUGGCGCAACUGCUGCAGCGCAUCACCGCCCAACCCUGGCCGCCCUUAAUACCAACCUGCAUCGUGAUGCUUCGACAUCAAGCUCGGACACAACGGGCACUACGGGCGGCGGUGGCGUUUCCAGAAAUCAAGACUCCGAGUCGCAGAGCCAGAGCUCUGGCCCACACCAUGUGCCUUCUUCUGAUCAGCUGCGCCCACCAAGCCCUUCUGAAUCAGGAGUCGGCGCACCGCAGGGCUCGUCGGGCUCGGACUCUCGCGCAAACUCGCCGCACCCGUCCUCUGUUGGCCGUUUGCCGCGCCCAAUGUCCAUGUCGUCUAUCCAUGGAGGCAGUCGCUAUGGGUCGGCCAGCCGCCGGUCCCUCAGCGGUGCUCCCCACCAGGGCCGCAACAUUUCUCUCAACAUGCCACGCCCGCUCAGUGUUCACUCAAACUCGGACAUUGCCAUCCCUCUCUCGUUAUCGCGCCCGGGUUCGUUUUAUGGUGGUGGUGGUGGUGGCGGCCCCCAGUCGCCCCCCAUUCUGCCCGUGCCCGCGAGCCCGAGCAACCGCAACAGCGUCUACUCGAGCCACGGCCCCUUGUCGCCAAGCCUUUCUGGAGCGGGCAACCGCAACAGCUACUACUCGACACGGUCCCGCCCAGAGACCGUCUACGGCGAGUUUGGCCAGGUCGACUACGUCUACCCGACGUCGCCUCGCCGCAACAUGUCGAUGCCGGUGCCACCUCAAUCGCAGUCGAUGCACGUGCCGCGCGAAUCUGCAGACGACAUUGUGUAGAUCAACCCAUCACCACCACCCUCUCGUGUUCAUCUAGACCUCUCUCCCCCUCGACGUACGUACGGACUCUCUCGCACUCCCUCUCUCCAUCCUCCUCUAUCCCUCUCUCUGUGUAAUUACUCUACCACCUCGCUCUCUCAUCACCAUAUCACUUUGUCUCAUUGUCAUCCACACCAUCGUGUACACAUCGGUAUCCUGCACAAGAUUGGACCGACGCAGGUCAGUUAUAGAAAAGACGGACGCUUCGUAGCUCGCAUUAUUCAUUCAUGUCGAUAUGGG